UAGUGUGUGUGUAGAAAAACGAAAGAAGAAAAAAAAAGUUCAAUUUUCAGUGUUUUCUCCCGCAAAAUCAAGUGUGAAAAUUGCCGAAAAUAUUUGCAAACGGUGCGCGAACUAGUAUGCAAUUGUGCUAAAACGAAAGAAACUGUGAAAAAAUGUCUGCAGAUCGUGAAAUUCCCGCAGAAGACAGCAUCAAAGUUGUGUGUCGUUUUCGUCCAUUAAAUGACUCCGAAGAAAAGGCUGGAUCGAAAUUUAUCGUCAAAUUUCCACAAGGACCCGAGGAAAAUUGCUUGUCGAUAGGCGGAAAAGUCUAUCUUUUUGAUAAAGUUUUCAAGCCAAAUGCGACACAGGAAAAGGUCUACAAUGAAGCUGCUCGUUCCAUUGUGGCUGAUGUCUUGGCCGGUUACAACGGCACAAUUUUCGCCUAUGGUCAAACGUCCUCCGGUAAAACACAUACAAUGGAGGGAGUUCUUGGUGAUCCGAGUAAACAAGGUAUCAUUCCACGUAUCGUGAACGACAUUUUCAACCAUAUCUACAGCAUGGAGGUGAAUUUGGAGUUUCACAUCAAGGUGUCGUACUACGAAAUCUACAUGGACAAAAUUCGCGACUUGCUGGAUGUGUCAAAGGUGAAUUUGAGCGUUCACGAGGACAAGAAUCGUGUGCCUUAUGUGAAAGGAGCGACAGAACGCUUUGUCUCGAGUCCCGAUGACGUCUUCGAGGUGAUCGAGGAGGGCAAGUCAAAUCGCCACGUUGCCGUGACCAACAUGAACGAACAUUCGUCGCGAUCGCACUCCGUUUUCUUGAUCAACGUAAAGCAAGAAAAUCUGGAGAACCAGAAAAAGUUGUCAGGCAAACUGUACUUGGUCGAUUUGGCGGGUUCCGAAAAAGUUUCAAAAACUGGAGCUGAAGGUGCUGUCUUGGACGAAGCGAAAAACAUCAACAAGUCGUUGUCGGCUUUGGGUAACGUCAUUUCGGCACUUGCGGAUGGCAACAAAACGCACAUCCCCUACAGAGAUUCCAAGUUGACGCGUAUUUUGCAAGAAUCGCUCGGUGGAAAUGCCCGCACGACAAUCGUCAUUUGUUGCUCGCCCGCCAGUUUUAACGAGUCCGAGACGAAAUCCACGUUGGACUUUGGUAAGCGUGCAAAGACCGUCAAGAAUGUCGUCUGCGUUAACGAAGAACUCACUGCCGAGGAGUGGAAACGUCGGUAUGAGCGCGAAAAAGAGAAAAAUGGCCGAAUGAAGGGCAAACUCGAACGUUUGGAGGCAGAAUUGGCGAGAUGGCGUGCCGGCGAAACCGUUAAUCCCGACGAGCAAUUCAGCAUGGCGGAUCCGAUGGAGGCAAGUACUCCCAAUUUGGAGACAUCCGAAGUUGUUCCGUCAACAGCUGGGCCCACGCCAGCAACCCCAAGCGGUUUAGCGAUGGUUGGCUCGAUCAGCAGCGACGAACGUGCCCGUUUGGAGACGGAACGCGAACGCUUGUACCAACAAUUGGACGACAAGGACGAAGAAAUCAACCAACAAUCGCAAUAUGUCGAAAAGCUCAAGGAGCAAAUUGAGGAGCAAGAAGAGCUGAUUGCCAGUGCACGUCGCGACUACGAGAAUUUGCAAACGGAAAUGACGCGCAUCCAGCAGGAGAACGAGAGCGCCAAGGAGGAAGUCAAGGAAGUUUUGCAGGCACUCGAGGAACUCGCCGUCAACUACGACCAAAAAUCGCAGGAGAUCGAGACGAAGAACAAGGAAAUGGACGCCAUUAACGAGGAUUUGACGCAAAAGCAGCAAGCCCUGAACGCCACCACGACGGAAUUGCAGCAACUCAAGGACAUGUCGGCGCACCAGAAGAAACGCGUCAACGAGAUGCUCUCGAAUUUGCUGAAAGAUCUCGCGGAAGUUGGACAUGCGUUGUGCACAGAUCCCGCCACGGAUCUCAAACUCAACACAGAUCCCGGCAAAAUGGAGGAAGAAUUCACCGUGGCGCGUCUUUUCAUCAACAAGAUGAAGUCCGAGGCGAAAAAUCUCGCACAGCGUUGCACCAACUUGGAGAACCAGCAACAAGAUUCGAACAAAAAAGUGCACGAGUACGAGAAGGAUUUGGGCGAAUGUCGUUUGCUCAUUUCGCAGCACGAGGCACGCAUGAAGAGCUUGCAGGAAUCGAUGCGCGAAGCGGAGAACAAGAAACGCACGUUGGAGGAGAAUGUCGAUGCGUUGCGUGAGGAAUGCGCAAAACUGAAGGCAGCUGAGCAAGUUACCACGGUGAAUGCGGAGGAGAAACAAAAAGCUGACCAACUUAAGAUGGCAUUCGAUGAUCAAAUGGAUCAGUUGCGAGAUGCCCACACGAAACAAGUUGCGGCAUUGCGGGACGAGAUCUCGGAGAAACAGGAGAUGAUCCAGGAGCUUAAAGAUUUCAACCAAAAAUUGAAUUUGGCUCAGCAACAAAUGACCGCAGAUUAUUCCAAACUCAAGAAGGAGGAAGAAGAAAAGUCCGCCAAGUUGCAAGAAUUAACAAUGGCUAACGAGCGCCGUGAACAAGCCAGACAAGACCUCAAAGGACUCGAAGACACAGUCUCGAAGGAGUUACAAACGUUACACAAUUUGCGUAAAUUGUUUGUGCAAGAUUUGCAAGCCCGCAUCAAGAAAUCAAUCAAUUCCGAGGAAAGCGAAGAUGAUGGCGGCUCCUUGGCACAAAAACAAAAGAUUUCCUUCCUCGAGAACAACUUGGAGCAACUAACAAAGGUGCAUAAACAAUUGGUGCGCGACAACGCUGACCUCCGUUGCGAGCUGCCAAAACUAGAGAAACGCUUGCGUACGACAAUGGAACGUGUCAAGGCACUGGAAACUGCACUUAAGGAGGCCAAAGAAGGUGCAAUGCGUGACCGUAAACGAUACCAAUACGAGGUGGAUCGUAUCAAGGAAGCUGUGAGACAGAAGAAUUUGGCGCGUCGCGGACCUCAAGCUCAAAUUGCUAAACCAAUUCGCGCUGGUCAGGGUCACGUUGUCACCGGAAUUCGCGGUGGCGGCGGCAUGGCACCCCAAAAAAUCCUUAGUGAUGAAUCAAUUAAACGCAAUUCAAUGCUUAAAGAAAUUGAAAGUUGAAUUAGCAGUUCUACACCACUUAAACAUUAAUUUAUGAUCUUAUCCCGAGAUAAAAAAAAAACAUAAAAAAAUAAAAUAAAAAUUUAUAUUUUUUUUAAUUGUAUUAUAACGAAAAUGAGAAGCAAAUGAUUUAAUUGUAAAGUAAAAAGUUUAUUCAAAAAUCAGUUUUCCAAUCAAGUAUUUUUUUUUUAUUAUAUUAAAAAUUAUUUUAUUUCAUUCGACCGAAGAUUUAAUGGAAGCUUCAUCAAAAUUGUCAUUUAGCUGUUUACAAAAGUAGUAAAAGCCAGAGCAAGUUGUUAAAAAAUUUAUGGAGAUUGAUGAAAAAAUAAAAUAUUUUGAUACAAAGACAAAAUCUAGCUUGCUUGCAAGAAAAAAAAACGAGUGAUUGUGCUGAAAUAAAAAAAAAAUGUAAUAAAAAAGCAAAUAUUUAAAUUUAUUAUUGAAACAAAGUCGUGCUCAGUGCUUCUUUGAAAAAAAAAAUAAUAAAAAAAUCUAUUUAAAACAAAAUAAACUUGCCUCUUCAUGAAAAUUUUAAAUAAAGUAUUCUACACACACUUGUGAAAAAAAAUGAUCGAAAACUAGUAAAAAAAACUCAAAACUAUAAAAAAGAAAAAAAAAAUAUAAAAAAAUCUCAUUAUCAUCAAAUUAUUAGCUGCAAUAUAUUUAUUUUUUAUUAAUUGUAUUUAUGAUAUUUUUCUAUAAACUAUGAUAGUAAAUUUAUGUAAGAAUUAUAAUUUUGUCGCGAACGAAACUUGAGGAUGUAUAUUUUUAAGUUCCAAAUAACAACAAUUAUUUUUUAUUAAGAACUGACGAAAUCAGUAUCUACUAAUGAAUAUUUUCCACUGUAAAUGAUCCCAGUUUGAAUAAAAAAAAAUAAAUAAAUAAAAAACGAUAUGCUUUGUGAUUGUGCUGCAGAAAGCUUUGAAAUUAAAUUUUGACUUUUUACACGAAAUUUAAAUGAGAUAUUUCAGAAAAAUCAAAAGAUAAAUUGUAAUUUUUUUAAAUUUUUUAUUAUUAGUUUCUGCACUGUCGCUACAUACCACAGGAGAAAAAAGAAAACGUGAAAUAUGAUCAAUGACGAAUCCUAAAUUAAUGAUAAAAGAAAUAAAUAAAAUAUCU